ACAACCGACAUCGGCGAUGGGUGUGCUGGGCUUAGGCUCGGUGGUGUCCGCUGCGACGUCGUCCUCGUCCUCGUCGACGACGACCACCACCACGGCUGCGUCCUCCGCGUCUGGUCGCGCAGGUGUAUUGGAGACGCAGGUACGCGGCCAAUGGUAUCGCGUGUUCGUCUCCCUCGAAGACGAUUAUCUCAGUAUCUCGUUGGACGAGAGCUGCGAGACGACCGGCAACAACAGCCUGAACAACGGGAACAUCAACAACAAUAACGUGGACAGCUUGAACGAUCCCGAUGUGCCCGAUUCGGUGGCCAAUCAGAAGCGUAUCGUACGCGUGGUGAAGAGCGACAACAACGGCCUCGGGAUUUCGAUCAAGGGCGGCAAGGAGAACAAAAUGCCGAUCUUGAUCUCGAAGAUCUUCAAGGGGAUGGCGGCAGACGCGACCGAACAGCUGUACGUGGGCGAUGCGAUCCUUGCGGUGAACGGUGAAGAUCUACGCGAGGCGACCCACGACGAGGCGGUGAAGGCGCUCAAGAGAGCUGGCAAGGUCGUCGAGCUUGAAGGCCACGUUUAUUACUUCAUAUCAGCGUAA